AUGCCACCAAAGAAGGGCAAAGCUGUGAAAGAAGAUUUAGAUGUUGAAGAGACCAGUAAAACUAGUAAAAAGAAACAAAAAGGUAAAGCAACAGAAGAUGUUGAGUCAGAUGAUGAAAUGAGCAACCUCAAGCCGAAAAAAGCAGCAAACAAGAAAAAGAAAGGGAAAAAAGGUGAUGUCAGUGAUGAAGAAGUUGAAGAAAUUCAAAAAGCCCAAGUCAAAGCUAAAACUGCUCCUAAGAAGAAACAAAAAGGUAAGAGUAAAAAUGAUGAUUUUAGUGAUGAUGAUGAACCCAUAGAUGUUAAUAACGCUAAAGAAGAGGAACAGGAAUCUAAGCCUGCAAAAAAACAAACCAAGAAACAGAAGAAGGUAAAAGGAAAAGGUCAAGAUUGGAGUGAAGAUGAUGGUGGUGACGAUUUGGAUAUUCCAAAACCAGAUGAAAGCGAUAAAGAAGAAGUCGAGCCAGAAAAUAAACCAAAAAAACAGGCAAAGAAACAAAAAAAAGCUAAAGGAAAAAAUCAGGACUGGAGCGAUGAUGAAUCUGUCAACGGUAUUGUUGUGCCAAAGGAAGAUAGUGACAAGGAUGUCGAACCAGAAACUAAACCAGUUAAGAAGCAAACGAAGAAGCUUAAAAAAGGCAAAAAUAAAGGUCAGGAUCUCAGUGAUGAUGAAGCAACUAAUGAUAUUGAAAUUCCAAAUGUAAUCGAAGAUAGUGAUAAUGAACCUGUUAUACCAGAUAAGAAGUCUAAAAAGAAACAGAAAGGUAAGGUUAACUUUUCUGAAGAAGAAGAUGAAGUUACUGAAGAAAUAGUUCUUGAAGAGGAUCUGCCACCAGAACCACCUUCAGAUUUAAUUGAAACAAAAAUGGAUGAUGGUGUGUCUGAUGUUGAUACAAAGAACGAACUAAUCGAUGAUCCUCCUGAAAACGGAGAAACUGAAUCUAAAGCACCUGACCUCAACGUAACAUAUGUUGUGCCAAAUCCAAGGAUGACAAGGAGUCAGGGUAAAAAGGAAGAUUCGGGUGUGAAAUCUGUUACUGAAAAAGUAAGCGAAUUGAAAAUAGAUAGUAAAGCUCCUGAAAAAGAGAAAAAAUCCAAAAAGACUGCUAGUAACUCAAAAAAGGCAAAAAUUGCUAAAGCUCCAAGUCCAGUUGAAAUGGAUAUUCUAGAAGAAGAUGAACCUGAAUAUGAAGGUGAAGGUGACGAAGAGAAAGAAGUAAUAGAAAAGCCAGUUGUAACAGCAGAACCAGCCAAGAAGCUUACACACAAAGAAAAGAAGAAACUAAAGAAAGAGCAAGAUUAUCAGAAACAGAUGGAAGCUUUGACAAAAAAAGGUGGACAAGGGCACAGUGAACUUGGUGAAAACUUUACCGUAUCACAAACCCAGAAAUCAGCCGGGCAACUUCAAGCUCUAGAAAAUGCUGUCGACAUCAAGGUCGAAAAUUUCAGUAUUUCAGCAAAAGGAAAGGAUUUGUUCGUAAAUGCUAAUUUACUUAUAGCUAAUGGACGACGAUAUGGUUUGGUCGGUCCCAAUGGACAUGGAAAAACUACACUUCUGCGACACAUUGCGAGCAGAGCAUUUGAUAUUCCACCUGGAAUCGAUAUACUCUACUGUGAACAAGAAGUAGUAUCUGAUGACACUCCCGCUGUUGAAGCUGUUCUUAAAGCGGAUAUAAAACGAACUGAACUGUUAAAACUUGCUAAAGAGUUGGAAAAUAAAGUCGAUUUUGAAUCGCAGGAAAGACUAAAAGAGGUCUAUGAAGAACUGAAAGCUAUCGGUGCCGAUUCAGCAGAACCGCGAGCCCGGAGGAUCCUCGCUGGUCUCGGGUUUUCAAAGUCCAUGCAGGAUCGUGCAACUAAAAACUUCUCUGGUGGCUGGAGGAUGAGAGUUUCUCUUGCCAGGGCUUUAUUCGUCGAGCCUACACUUUUACUUCUUGAUGAACCUACAAACCACUUGGAUCUUAAUGCUGUAAUCUGGCUUGAUAACUAUUUACAAGGAUGGAAGAAGACACUUCUUAUUGUAUCUCACGACCAGAGUUUCUUGGAUAAUGUUUGCAAUGAAGUAAUUCAUCUUGAUACUCUCAAGUUAUAUUAUUAUAAAGGAAAUUAUUCGAUGUUCAAGAAAAUGUACGUUCAGAAAAGGAAAGAAAUGAUCAAGGAAUACGAGAAACAGGAAAAACGACUGAAGGAAUUGAAAUCUCAUGGACAGUCUAAAAAGCAAGCAGAAAAGAAACAGAAGGAAGCGCUUACUAGAAAACAGGAAAAGAACAAAACAAAGUUACAGAAGAGGGAUGAUGAUAACGGGCCGAUAGAAUUGCUCCAGAAACCGAAAGAUUAUAUUGUCAAGUUUUCAUUCCCAGACCCUCCGCCACUACAGCCGCCCAUCCUUGGUCUUCACAAUGUUGAUUUCGCCUAUCCUGAUCAGAAGCCAUUAUUCAAUCAGGUGGAUUUUGGUAUAGACCUCAGCUCUCGAGUUGCCAUCGUCGGACCAAAUGGUGUUGGCAAAUCUACGUUCCUUAAACUGCUCACUGGUGAUCUCACCCCACUCAGAGGGGAGGUUAAAAAAAAUCAUCGGCUUCAUAUAGGCAGGUUUGACCAGCAUUCAGGAGAGCAUUUAACAGCAGAGGAAACCCCUGCGGAAUAUUUGAUGAGGCUCUUCAAUCUUCCUUAUGAGACAGCCAGGAAAGUCCUUGGGACGUUUGGCCUGUCCAGUCAUGCGCACAUCAUUAAAAUGAAAGAUUUGUCUGGAGGGCAGAAGGCUAGGGUGGCCCUCGCAGAACUCUGUCAAACAGCUCCAGAUGUCCUCAUUCUUGAUGAACCUACGAACAACCUUGAUAUUGAAUCAAUUGAUGCGUUAGCCGAAGCUAUCGUUGAAUUUAAAGGAGGUGUGAUUAUUGUUUCUCACGAUGAGCGCCUCAUCAGAGACACAGAAUGUAACCUUUGGGUGAUAGAAGAUCAGACGAUCAAUGAAGUCGAUGGUGACUUUGACGACUACAGGAAGGAACUCCUCGAGUCCCUGGGAGAAGUUAUUAACAAUCCCAGUAUUGCUGCCAACGCCGCAGUGCAGCAGUAA